CUUCGGUGGGAGGCACCGCGCAAUUGCGCACAAACGCGCCCAUCGAGCGCUCGCUCGCUCACACUUUGCGCUCCGGUAGAUCGCGGUGCAGGGAAGUCGCCCUUGCGCAUACGUGCACGUCAUCGGCUCGGGGUCCGGUUCGUCGGUGAGAAACCGGUCCAGCAUGCGCACGUGCACGGCGUGAACCGGCAUCGGGGUUUCGGGCUUCGUUUGUCUCGGAUACGACAAAAUACCCGACGUUCCGGCGCAGCUCGCGUUAAAAAGAACCAUAUGUGAGCCCUGACUGAUGACACAGGAUAUGGAAUAUACACUGCUCCCAUCUCGGAACGGGGUCGUCACAGUAGAUACAGCCAGAUCCACAUUGGUAAUUGGCACAAGUUUUACGCCAGAUGCCCUUUUUGACGCAACUCCAGUUUCACCCAUAGAAACACACAGACAGCCGUUGGUGUUCCGAAGAGAUCUCCCAUUCAAAGAGAACCAUGAGCACUGUAGACGAAGAACCGGAUCACAUGAUACCAUGAAGACAAGCCUGCAGGUCCUGCGCUGCCAGCUGCUGAGUGUUCUAGCCUUCCUAGCACUGCCAGUAGGACUGGUGUCAUCAGCACAGGAGCUGUACCUCAACCAGAUGUCCCAGGAUUCUGUCUCCAUGGCAGUCACCCUUAAACCUUCACCGGUGGACUGGCAUCAGGAAGGCUUGACUAGUGGGGAAUGGUUAUCCAAAGGAGGCACCCAACCUACAAACUUCUUCAUGAGUACUGCUGCGCUCCAUCCUUUGGCCUGGCUUCUUCACCCAAUCCAAACUCCCAGACUGACUCACAAAACUGUUUCCAGUUAUGACACAAAUUAUGUCACUCAACAGACUGUAAGCAUUGGCAGCACCAAGCCAAGUCAUAAGAUUCAACCUCAGGAGCCAAGCUCUGAAAUUGUGAGCCAGGGCUACUUGCACAAAUUGGUCAGGGUAAAUGAACUGCAUAAGCCAGAUACCAUAAGCACUGGGCAUAUUAGCCAGGUAAGCAGCAGUCUUCAAUCACCCACCACAGCUCUCCCAAAUAUAGAUUUGGAACCUGCUACCAGAGAGGCCCCAAUUCCCCUGGGUUUUGUGUCCAGCUCUGGAUCAGAUAAAGGAGAUACCCUGGAACCUCACCUUGCUGACCCCCUGACUGUUACACACAACAUUCAGGCUAAGAAGUUGAGUGUGGAGGUGUUGACCAAUGUUAGCCAGGAGUAUGCUCCAGUAAGGUCUUCUUCAGGCAAGGCUAACCUAGCACUAGGUCUGACACUCAGGAAGGAUGCUCAGGUUGCUCCACAUGUGGCUGCUCAUCACACCAUCACCCUGAGGGAGGUGCACCUACACAAUGUGGAGCCUCCUACUGAGGAGCUGGUGAUAGAUCUGGAUGGAAGGUCUGUAAGUCCUUUUGAGAGUCCAUCAAAGGCUCCUACUUCCACACCUUCAUCAAUUGUAUCCCUAGUUACAGAGCUCAGCCUCACAAUCCAGCCCAAUCUUACGACUGUCCCAUACAACGACACUGCAACCAGUGAUACCACUGCCGAGAAGCAUCAUGGUCAGGGUCUCACCCUGUCAUCACUUCUAGAUCAUGUUAAUGGCACAGAGAGUGCACCUUUAGGAAAUUGGACAGGAAAUGUGACAACCAAUGGGGGUCUGUUCUCUAGAGGCACCUUAGGUGAAGAACAGAACUCCCAGUGGAACACGUCGUAUCCUUCAGAGCCCUCCUCCACAGCCAAUGGAAACUUCUUGAACAGGCAGGUACCUGCUACCACCCAAGACACCUGGACACAUGGAAACAGCUCACAUCCCACGGUUGACUCCCCACCAUCCCGCCUGACUAUCUGCUUGAGCAAAAUGGACCUUGUUUGGAUUGUGCUGGCCAUCACUGUGCCUGUUUCCUCAUGCUCUGUGCUGUUGACGGUCUGCUGUUUGAGGAGGAAGAAGAAGUCAGCAGGUCAAGAAAACAACCUGAGCUACUGGAACAACGCCAUCACCAUGGAUUAUUUCAGCAGGCACGCCGUGGAGCUGCCCCGAGAGAUCCACACACUGGAGAGUGAGGAGCAUGACACCGCUCUGCCCCCUAAUGGUGACUACAGCGGCAGCAGCGUGGUCCUGGUGAACCCUUUCUGCCAGGAGACCCUCUUCAUCAACAGAGACAAAGCUUCUGCCAUCUAGAGACAAAAUAAACGUCUACUCUUUCACUGCUGUUCUUCUCUAUUUUAUAUAUGUGGUAAAUAUUCAGAGACUCGACUUUAUACUGUACAUUAUGAACACAGAAAACAAGCAGAAAAGAGCGAUGUAAACAGAAACUAUUUACUACC